GAAUUGAGCAAUGUUUGGGAGUCUUAUCUGUUUGUUUUCUCCUAUUUAAACCCAUUGAAAAUCACACAGGCUGAAAUUAAAAAAAAAAAGUUCUGGGAUAUGUAAAUUUAUUCCACUUCAAUUUGUUAAUUAAGAUACACUUAUUUUAGUAUCUAAAAAUUAAUCAAAACUCUAAAUGUCAUUAAUCAUCAGCGCAGCAGAAUGUUGCUGGAACAGCUGAUAAUGUGUUCAGAAUCAUAAGGGAUACCAUAGCAAGCACAGUUAAGAAGAGUGAGUUGCAAGUAUGCAACAGUGUGAUUUCAACUGAAACCUGACCCAGUCCUGACUUUAUUCUCUGAGAUCUUUAAUGGCAUGUAUAAACAGGCUGUUUGUUUUAGCUAAGUUGCAAUGCAACAGGCCACUUGCAUGGAAUAACAGGUUAGGUGUUACUAUAAGAUGAGGUUUUUCAAAUGUCACAUAACAGCAGGACUUCCGUGACAAGUCAAGUGGAAUCCUUAGUAAGAAGUCCAUGUGAAAAAUUUAAACAUAGCUAUGGCAUGUAAGAACCUUUGAAAUAUCUUUGAAAUUCAGGUUGUUCUGGGAUAUGUAUCUGCUAUUUCCAGCCAAAGGUAUAGGCAUUGUCUUUUUAAAUGUUGUGCUAUAAAGAUUAUUACACAUUUUCUCAUACCCCAGCAGGUGGCAGCUAACUAGAAUAAGAUUCAUUUUCACUGGCAGAAUAGGAAACUAAGAUUGCUUCUCAAGUAAUAGAGCCCAAGAAUAAGAGGUCAUUAGUAUCUGCAAAUAUAAAAAUAUAGUGAAAGAUGAAGCUAGUGGUUUUUGUUGUUAUUGUUGUUGGAAGAAGCUUUGCAUUAACAUGAUAUGCAUUUUCUUCUUUGUCAAUUUACCAUAGGUUUGAUAUUUGUGUCAGCCUUCUAUGAUUUUUUUGAGGUAUACUUCUAAAUACAGCUUCUCUCUGUGUGUGCGUGUAUGUGUGUGUUUGCAGUUUGUUAUCUCUGCUUUGACCUUGGAACCUACAGAGCUUUGGCUCCUAGAAAUAAAGAGUGCCAUAUGGUUAAAAUGAGGAAAAAAAUGAGACCAUAGAAUAAAAUAUAUACAUCUUACUAUUACUAAGUAUAUAUAAUUGCGUGAUAUCCAAUAGCAGUAGUUUUCUUUUUCCUUUAAGGAAGGAGCAAAUUACAGAACUGACACAAUUUUUAAAAGGGUUAAAUCUAGUCAGUGAAAUACUGUAUAAGGAAUUUAUUAAUCCUUCAUAUAACCUCAGAACUAUGAUGUGUGGUAUCAGUAUUGGGGAGAAACUUGUAAUAACUUCAAAAUUGCCACACGUUAAGGCAUCAACUAUGCCACCAAAUCAUUUUAUUGUAGUAUAGGGAGGUAAAUUUAGCAUUUUCCCCCCUUGGAAGUGAGUGAGUUUAAUGAGAAAGAACAAGAAUUAAUCUAAUUACCCUAGUAACAGAUGGAAAUCUGGAGGUGGAGAAUUGAAAGUGAUAACUAAUUGUACAUUUAAAAAAUGUCUUUAGCCACUGAAUAUUGACAGCAUGUUAUUUGACAUUCUGAAUUGUGGUCUUCCUAGCAAUUUUUUUUUGUACUGACAAACAAGUAGUUUAGUAUUCAUGAGGAAUCUCACAAUUAAUGUAAGUGGUUUUUUUAAUAGUAUGCCCUAUUACAAAAAAGAUGACUACAUCUUGAGCUUAUCAAGCAAUUGCACUGAAAAAUAUACACAACACAGUUGAUAAAAUAGUCCUCUUGAUAAUGUGAACAAUGCAAUAAUUCCAAUUCCUUUACUCUGUGUAGUAGAAAUUUACACAUUGUCACUCAAAUAUCAUGUUAGUCAUUUAUUGUACUACUUUCAAUGUACUACUCCAGAAUAAAUAAUGCCAGGAGCGCUGUCCGUGGUCCUGAAGAAAGGUCGUCUCUAGUCUUGUAGAAGUUCAAUUGGACAGGUGGAAUUGCUGUCUGUUGUGUUAAAGCCUUUCAACUGAGUUGAUGGAUAUAAAUGAAUCUAAUUUACCAUAUGUGCAAAGUUGGUUCUUUGGGGAUCAAUUAAUAGUAAAAAAAUUACAAUCUUUUAACUGUUUAAUUUAUUGUGUAAUAACUUCAUGAAUAUAGAAGCUUGAUCUUUCACUUUUCCAACUAGACAUCCAAAUAACCCCAAAAUAAAUAGUUUAGAAUACUAGUUUCAAGUGGAAAAGUUGCAACCAUAAUGUAAAAUGUCAUUAUAUUAAUGGAAUACAUGAACAAAGAGAUAUGGUACAUUUUGUUUUCUCAGAUUCCAAUAACACUGCGAAAUUUCAGUAUUUUGAUUAGUCACAGUAAAACAUGCUAUUUUCAGGUAGUACAUAUCAGAUAUAUUGGCAGAUAAGAAUGCGAAGAAUUAUUUUUUUCCCCUGGCAGUCAUUAUUAUCUCUGCUAGGAUCAAAAAGAAAAUGAACAAACAGAAUGGAAUAAAUGAGACAGCAAAUACAAGACAGAACAUGUUGAGCUGUGUAUGUGUUUUAUAAGA